AUGCAUCGCGGAUCGCUUCUUCAGCUUUGAAGCCAUGGCUCUUCCUCACAUGGCAUCUUGUCCAUUAAAUCCCUACCAGUCUGCUUUCCAGAGCGCUAAACCUGGCAUCUCAGCGAUGUCAAAUUGGAGGAACCGCUCGACUCGGUUGGGGCGAGGAAGACAAGAUCACUGCCAUGAGACUAAACUCACCGCCCCCCAGUCGAAAAUAAAAGGGGAUGAUUUUCCAAUACUUGUCACUCAAAACACUUCACGAAGAGAUCUUUGGCGGACAUAGAAGCAACGGAAAUCAAUAUGCGAGGUGGAAGAAGCUCCGGCUGCAGGACAUGCAAGCAACGUCGGAUUAAAUGCGACGAACGUCAACCCAUAUGCUUUCAAUGCGAAAAGAGCAAACGUCACUGUACAGGACCAGACUCCCCAUUCCGAUACCAGUAUGCUUCGGAGGAACAGCAUGUACAACUGCUGGUUGCCCUCCAAACAGUCUCGUUCGAUGUGAAUGGCGACGACAAGAUCAACCACAACCCCUCUCCGGUACCCAUCAGAGGUGUUGUCCAAGAAACGAGCCGUACACUGCACGUCAUUCCAUACACCCAAUCCGAGAAGCUUGCGGCCUCUCUGAUCGAAGCGCUUGACAGGCCAUGCAGCUUUGGGGCUCGUCUCCAACAGAUGGGCCCGCAUUUCAGGUACCUGCCCUACCGACUUGGACACAGCAAAGCGCUCGACGCCUCCGUCAGCUGUCUUCUGCAGUCCUACACGCUUAUCUCGAAAGGGCAGCCACGCAACCACGCCCUCGAACUCGCAAGCUAUGGCAAUGCCAUCAGAUCCUUGCGUAUCGAACUUUCAUCCGCAGAUCCUAGCAAAACAACGCCGGAGACUCUCUGUGCAGCUUUGAUCAUGGCGCAGUACGAAGUAUUCAAGCCCAGCCCGACUUUCUCAUACGUUAGCCUUGCAGGCGGCGUAUCUGCGAUGUUCCAAGCUUGCGGAGCGAAACGCAUCCAAUCUGAUUUUGAACAAGCCACGUUCACCGCACAUUAUCCCGGAAUCAUUUUGCAGUGCCUCCUGCGUGGAGAUGACUGUUUUCUCAGCAGGCCCGAGUGGGUCGACGUUAUGCGUCGGAGCGAGCCUAUUGAGGGUCCACUCAUCAGCAACAUAUGGGUCUCCUUCACUCAGUUGCCAGGCCUGUUAAGUCGAGUCCGAUCACUCGAUUAUCAUUCAGAUGACCAAUACACUUCGGUCCUGCGCGAUGCUUAUGCCCUGCGGAAAGGAAUCGUGAAGAAUGCCGACGAGGUCACCCGCAAAUUGUCACAUCCUGGCGUCCACACCAUCUGUCCGGGCGUGUACAAAGGUGCACUCCCAGCGCAGUCAUGGACUCCAGCUUCACAAAAGGACUACCUCACUCCGAACCGUGCCAUUAAACAGUCCGCCUUCUACCACGGUGCUGUCAUUCUCGUCAACACCGUGAUCCAGCGUGUUUUGCAGGCAGAGAAUCCUUCAUUGGCCAUCCAGUCCAGACAAUCCGCCGAGUUUAUCCUGUCGACCGUGGAUUUUGCCUUGAGCAAUGCGCGCCCAUUUGGCGCCAUGUACAUGACUUUCGCUGGGCCGAUGGCCUACGGGGUCUGUAGACCUGAUGAGCGUAGCUUCUUGCUCGCCAAGAUGAAUGAGCUGUUUGGGCAGUACUGGAAUCAAACAGAAACGAGUAUGAUGGUUGUGUUCGAAGCAGUCACGGGUGGCGCAGUGUUCAAACAUAACAGUCUGCGGUUGGCUUCCGAUUCGAGGUCGGGAUCGCCCAACUCGCCCAAGUAGGAUGCUCGGCCUAGAGCUUAACAGCCCGCAUUAGGCACGACGGUCGCGAACGAUGAUAAAGGGAACGCCUGACAGAUUUGGAAGGAGACGUUCCAAUUGAUGCUCAAUUGUGUGAUGCUACCUCGGCUGGGGUGCGUUUCAGCAAAACCCACAGCGCGA